CUUUAGACACCCACAAGUGUGCACCCCCGACCCCUGGGGGAUCACCAUCAGUUGGGUCCCUCCUACCGACACCGGCCUGAAGGGAGCUGUGGGUGGCCCCAGGGCAGGAUCCCCCUGCCUUGAGUUGUCACUCAGUACUUUCCCAGACCUAGUUUCCUGCCUCUGUCCCUACUGUGUGCUUCUCUGGGCCUAGCAGACUGCUCCGUUUCUAGGAUCAGGGGGUUAAAUUGGCCCGCACGCAUUGCCCAAUGGGCACGUGCAGCGCCUUCGCGGCGCCUCCUAAUUGGCAGAUGCCCGGAAUGGGCGGGGGAGAGUGGGGUCGCCCCGCCUACCGGGCUUCACUUAAAAAGGCCCUGGUGCCAGAGGCCGGCGCAUCCGCUCUCCCGCACCAUGAGUCGCGCGGAGCCCGCGGAGGCGUCUGAAGAGCGCAGUUUCCUCAGCGCGGCGGAGGCGGCCGCCCUGGAGCGGGAGCUGCUCGAGGAUUACCGCUUCGGGCGGCAGCAGCUGGUGGAGCUAUGCGGACACGCUAGUGCGGUGGCCGUGACCAAGGUGUUCCCUUUGCCCGCGCCCUCCCGGAAGCAGAGGACCGUGCUGGUCGUAUGCGGGCCCGAGCACAACGGGGCAGUGGGGCUGGUCUGUGCCCGGCACCUGAGGGUGUUUGACUAUGAGCCCACCAUCUUCUACCCAACGCGCUCGCAGGACCCGUUGCACCGCGACCUGACCACACAGUGCGAAAAGAUGGACAUCCCCUUCCUGUCCUACUUGCCCGCCGAGGUGCAGCUCAUCAACGACGCCUAUGGGCUAGUGGUGGACGCCGUGCUGGGCCCCGGCGUGGAGCCCGCUGCGGUCGGGGGGCCCUGCACCCGUGCGCUGGAGACGCUGAAGCUGCUGUCCAUCCCCCUCGUGAGCCUGGACAUCCCCUCAGGCUGGGAUGCCGAGACGGGCGGCGGGGAAGCCGAGGACGGGCUGCAGCCAGACGUGCUGGUGUCGCUGGCGGCCCCUAAGCCCUGCGCGGGUCGCUUCUCCGGGCGCCACCACUUCGUGGCGGGCAGGUUCGUGCCUGACGACGUACGCCGCAAGUUUGCGCUGCGCCUGCCGGGCUACACGGGCACCGACUGUGUCGCGGCGCUGUGAUCAUCACUAAUAAACGGAUGCCACUCGCGCCA